AUGUUAGGCGUCGAACAGAAUAAUAUAGGUCGUCAAAAUUCAAGCAAUGGUGAUUACAAAUUUUCUACGGUUUCAUCACAGGAUCUAAUCCACAUAAUGAAGGUUAUACUACUUUGCUUGGCCUUCGCGGCUGUUAGUUUGGCGAUGCCAGUGGCUGAAGAAAAACCGGAAGUUGCUGCUGUUUCGGAACCCAAAGUUGAGGCACCCAAAGAUGAACCAGCAGCUGUCGAAGAAAAGAAAUCAGAUGCACCGUCAGAGGCUAAAGAAGUCGAAGUUAAACCUGAAGCUAAGAGCGCAUCCAUAAACAUAGAAAAUGAAUCAAAAAAAGCUGAUGCCGUACCGGCGAACCCCGAGAAGGAAUCGGAAGUAAAGAGCGAAGUGGCACCCAAGGCUGCUGAACCAGUUGAAACUGCUGAAAAGCCGGCUGAAAAAAAAGCUGAAGAAGUGGUUGAAUCCAAACCAGAAGAAAAAGCAGCUGAACCUGAAGUUAAAUCAGUUGAGGAGUCAAAAGCUGAAGUGCCAGCAACGGUAACUGAAGUUCUUAAGGAUGCUUCUGCCAAAUCAGCCGCCCCCGAGGAAUCCGCCAAUGUUGUUCCAGCUGCAAAAAGUGACGAAGCUGUUGCCGCCGAAGGGGACGUAAUCAAACCUAAGCCUGAAAAGAAAAUUGAUUUACCCGUAGAAGCCCCUGCUGCUGAACCAGAACCAAAAAAAGUAGAGUCAGUAGAAGAGAAAGCUGAAGAACCAAAACCUGAAAACAAACCUGAAGCAGUUUCAGACAGCGCACCUACUGCUGCUAAAUCUGCAGCACCAGCUGCUGUAUCUGAUGAUGAUAGUUUACGUGUAGUUCGUGAAACGGUUGAUGACAAGAAAGAUGAAAAAGAAAUCGAAUUAAAAUCAGCAGAAGAGCCCAAAUCAAUCAAUGUAGAAAAGAAAGAAGAAUUAAUCAGUGAAGUAAAACCAAUUGAAGAGGGCAAAUCUGUUGAAGACAGCAAACCCGUUGAAGUUAGCAAACCCGUUGAAGUUAGCAAGCCCGUUGAUGACAACAAGCCAGCUGAAGAGAGCAAAUCCAUUGAAGUAAGCAAACUCGUUGAAGACAGCAAACCCGUUGCAGAAGGCAAAUCUGUUGAAGAAAACAAACCUGUUGAAAGCAGCAAACCUGUCGAAAACAGCAAGUCUGUUGAAAACAACAAACCUCUUGAAGAUACAAAACCUGUUGAAGGAAACAAAGCUGUUGAAGACAACAAACCCGUUGAAGGCGUCUCUCCUGCAGUUGUGCCAGAGAAUAAGGUUGAAAAGCCAAAAGAGGAAGAAGCUAAGAAUGUUGCGCAGGAUGAUACUGCCAAAGAAGUAAAGCCUGCCGAGAAUGCUCCAGUCAAACAAGCUGAACCAUCUGAAAAACUAGAGAAACCUCAGUCUGACCAGCCUAAGGCAGCGAAUAGUUCGGAGGAAAAUUCUAGUGCUGAAAAAAGCCAAGAAUCCAAUGAAGAGAGCUCGGAAGAAAAAAUCUCUGGCAGUUCUUAG